CUUAAAACAUGGGAUGCUGUGGGUAUAUUUGGAGGGUGGGUUUCGCCUUUUUUUCCGUGUGGGAUCCGCAAUAAUCGCCACGCACGUUGUGACCAGCUGUUGCAACGUAUUCUUGUCUCCCCUUCCGCUUUUCGUUUGCCCCUUUCCACCUCCCCACUUUUACACCCUUCUCUCUGCUUCGGCUUCCAUGGGGGCAUAUUCUCGAUAAUUCUUUUCCCUUCCCAAGCUGGACCACCACCGCCCGCCAACCAACCAUAUUGCUUCUUCUUUGUUUAUUAGGAUUCCGGUACUGCACUGUGAGAUGGAUAUUCCAAUCCGACGGUGCAUGAUCACUGAUCAUUCUUUCUCUCUCUUCCUUCCACCCCCCUCGAACUCACCGUGUUCAUCUCUUUCUCUGCGGCUCCCCAUCUUCUUCAGCCCUCUCACCUUCACCCUGUCCUGUUGCGGUUCAUAUCUCAGGGAAAAAUUCUUGUCUUUCUCUCUCCUGGUUUGUUGGUGCUCCCAUCAUUUUCACCCUUUCCAUGUGCUGAUUUGAUACUUCUCCGGUCCUCGGCCAAUCGCCACUCCUUGCUCUCUUUCUCCCCAACGAGGUGAGAGGAGAAGGCAAAGAAAGACAUGCAGCUGCAGCGAGGAGGGGCGCAGCACGGGGUGCAGCUGCCCGAAAUUCCCGGUCGCGAGGCGGAGGCAGCAUCGCCAAUUAGCGGCCGGCCGCCAGCGGGCGCCUGGCGUGCGAAUUUUGACGAACUCGGUCCCGCCGUAGCAGGCAACUCUCCGGACGACGAGGUUCUUGCCACAGGUGAGGAGGCCGAGAGGGGCAGUGGUGGCGUCACCGGGAACCGGUGGCCGCUGCAGGAGACGCUCACCCUGUUGAAGAUCCGGUCCGAGAUGGACACCGCCUUCCGGGACGCCACACUCAAGGCUCCUCUUUGGGAGGAGGUCUCCAGAAAGCUAGCAGAGCUCGGUUACAAGAGGACCGCCAAGAAGUGCAAGGAGAAGUUCGAGAACGUGCACAAGUACUACAAGCGCACCAAAGAAGGCCGCGCCGGCCGCCAGGACGGCAAGGGCUACCGCUUCUUCAGCCAGCUCGAAGCCCUCCGUAGUGGCAGCAGCGCCGCCGUUACACCCGCCGCUCCUGUCCCUUCCACCCUCGUCGCCACCUCGUCCGCCUUCAGCGCCAGCUUGGUGGGCCCACCGCCCAGCAGAGCCCAGCCUCUCUCCGUCUUGGCCCCACCGACUCUUGCGAUGCCAACUAGGGUCGUCGUUCCCGAGCUGACCCAUCCCGGUGGCGCGCAGAGAAUCUCCAGUUCCGCUGCCGUCGCCGUCUCCGCCGCUGCCGCCGGCAUCGGCUUCUCGUCGAAUUCUUCAUCUUCUGAAUGGUUCGAGUCCGAUGACGAAGAGACUGACGGCGAGAGCCAGGAAGGGAGGAAGCGGAAGAGCAACGGCGGGUGCUCGGGACCUAGCAGGAAGAUGAUGCCUUUCUUCCAUCGGCUGAUGAAGCAGGUGAUGGAGCGGCAGGAGGCCAUGCAGCAGAGGUUCUUGGAUGCCAUGGAGAAGAGGGAGCAGGACAGGAUGAUCCGGGACGAGGCUUGGCGGCAGCAGGAGAUGACGCGGCUCAACCGUGAGCAGGAGCUCUUAGAGCAGGAGUGGGCGAUGGCCUCGUCCAGAGACACCGCCAUUAUCUCCUAUCUUCAGAAGUUAACCGGCCGGACCAUCCCCAUGCCCACAAUGUCUGCUAUUCCUCUCUCCAUCUCGCCAUUCCCGCAGCAGCAGUCGCAUACUCCGCCGCCACAACCAGCCGCUCCUCAGCUGCCGCUGCCACAGCAGCAGCAAAGACCACCUUCGCUGGUACAAUCACCCUCGCAGCAGCACGUUGUUCAGCAUCACCACCAUAGAACCGAGAUGGCACGGUAUCAGCCGUCGUCGGCUAUGGAGCUCGUCCCCAGCUCGGAGCCCAUGUCGUCAUCCUCGCGAUGGCCAAAGGCGGAGGUGCAUGCGUUGAUCAAGCUCCGCAGCGAGCUUGAGUCGAAGUACCAGGAGACCGGGCCGAAGGGGCCACUGUGGGAGGAGAUUUCAGCCGGAAUGCAGCGGCUUGGCUACAAACGUAGCGCCAAGCGGUGCAAGGAGAAGUGGGAGAACAUUAACAAGUACUUCAAGAAGGUAAAGGAGAGCAACAAGAAGCGGCCCGAGGACUCCAAGACCUGCUCUUACUUCCACCAAUUGGACGCCCUCUACCGCAACAAGCUCCUCGGCACCUGCAACACCAUGGGAAGUCCCGCUUCCAAUCAACGGCAGAGUGACACACCAAGGAACAUGUCGCAACAGCAAGCACCACCACCACCGCCACCGCCGCCUCAACCUGCCGCAGAGCCCGAAAGCAAGAAUGCUACACGAACACAAACUACCAAUGGAUCACUUCAUAUGAUCUUUUCUGACCAAGGAUUGGAAAAGGGAAGCACUGUGAUCAACGACUACGACAAGUUGGACCAAACUGACAGCGACAACAUGAACCAAGACAACGACGACGACGAAGGGAAACUGCACUACAAGAUACAGUUCCAGAGGCAGAGCAUGAGCGCCGGCGGCGGAGGGAAUCCAUCGACGGCGGCCUCAGCAACCGCGAGUUCCUUCUUGGCUAUAGCCCGAUAGAUUCAGUAUACAUCCCCGAAAGCUCUACUUAAUUCCCUUCCCAUAUAUGUAGCUACCAUUACACAUUACACCACUGCAGCACACA